GGCGGAACACAAAUCCGUAGCGGUGUCGCUAGCGGAAGUACACGCUGUGCUGCUUUGGGGAAAAAAAACAGUAAAGUGCAAAAUGUUUGUUGUCAGAAAAUGUCGGAUUUUUGCGAGAUGCACAACGUUACAGUCUUUUAGGAGCAAUGCAGGUUCAAGUCAGCAAAGUAUUAACACACAGCAACAGCAGGAUAUGCUUGACAGUGAUAAGCCAAUGAAGAUUGAAAAUCCUUACAAAGAGCCACCUAAGAAGUGCACACUGUGUGGCAUACCAGUAGAUUACAAAAAUGUGCAGCUUCUUUCUCAGUUUAUUUCACCACACACAGGAAGAAUAUAUGGCAGACAUAUAACAGGUCUCUGUGGAAAAAAACAAAAAGAAAUUUCAAAGGCUAUCAAAAAAUCACAUUACAUGGGUUUCAUGCCAGUUGUAUUUAAGGAACCUGCUUUCCUUAAAGAUCCAAAUAUCUGCAGUAUCAAACAUCACGAGUAGUUUAGACAUUACCUCUGUAAAGUAAUUGUUUUGCUUUGUAACAUUUCAUUAGACGCCAAUAAAAUUUUGCAGUUGUCGACA